GAUUAGCAAGCAGAGCUCUUAUGUGAUGAGCCAAUAUAACAAAACUUUUCCGGAAAGUUAGAAACGGCAAAUAUCAACAUCUGACAACAAGUCCCUGGAAUGCAUAUUCAUCUGUAAAUGGGAAUAAUAGUAGAAUACCUGUUUAAAACUGUAGGUGUUAAUGUAUGGCCCAGGAGCCAUAUGAAAGUAAUCUUAUUUAAUCCUCAUCAAACUCUCUAAGGUGGGUAACUUCUAACCCCAUCCUACAGAUGAAGAAACGGAAACCCAGAGACUGAGUGGUCAUCUAUCCUAAUGCUUUAGAAUUGGUGUCAACAGUAGACGGCUUGGUGUAUGUGGCUGGCUCCUGUUUUCCCUCUCUUUCCUGUUGGUGAUCAUUACCUUCCCCAUCUCCAUAUGGAUGUGCUUAAAGAUCAUUAAGGAGUAUGAACGUGCUGUUGUAUUCCGUCUGGGACGCAUCCAAGCUGACAAAGCCAAGGGGCCAGGUUUGAUCCUGGUUCUGCCAUGCAUAGAUGUGUUUGUCAAAGUUGACCUCCGAACAAUUACUUGCAACAUUCCUCCACAAGAGAUCCUCACCAGAGACUCCGUGACUACUCAGGUAGAUGGAGUUGUCUAUUACAGAAUCUAUAGUGCUGUCUCGGCAGUGGCUAAUGUCAAUGAUGUCCAUCAAGCAACAUUUCUACUGGCUCAAACCACUCUGAGGAAUGUCUUAAGGACACAGACCUUGUCCCAGAUUUUAGCUGGACGAGAAGAGAUCGCCCAUAGCAUCCAGACUUUACUUGAUGAUGCCACCGACCUGUGGGGGAUCCGGGUGGCCCGAGUGGAAAUCAAAGAUGUUCGGAUUCCCGUGCAGUUGCAGAGAUCCAUGGCAGCCGAGGCUGAGGCCACCCGGGAAGCCAGAGCCAAGGUCCUUGCAGCUGAAGGAGAAAUGAAUGCUUCCAAAUCCCUGAAGUCAGCCUCCAUGGUGCUGGCUGAGUCUCCCAUAGCUCUCCAGCUGCGCUACCUGCAGACCUUGAGCACAGUAGCCACCGAGAAGAAUUCUACAAUUGUGUUUCCUCUGCCCAUGAAUAUGCUAGAGGGCAUUGGUGGGGUCAGCUAUGAUAACCACAAGAAGCUUCCAAAUAAAGCCCGAGGUCCUCUUGCGGUAGCCAGUUACUGCAUAGAGAGUGGUGUCUAUUCCUAUGGAGAAGCCAGCAGUUAGAAACGGAGAGAAUUCCAACACUGUUCAUGUAACAGUAACUCCACAGAUGGAAGAGCAUUGGCAGGAAAAAGCUCUAGAGGCUAUAUGGAGGAAAAAAAAAAAAAAAAAAAGCAAAAAUGUGACCUGUAUAUUACUUUUAUUUUUAGGACCAUAAUCAACUUUGUAAUAUUCUUAUAUAAUUAAUUAGUGGUGGUCUCUGACUUUAUAGCAGGGACUUUCUGGUAAUAUGAGAAGAAAUCACUGAGUGAGUGUGACUAAUGUUUCAGAAUUACUUUUUAAGUGUUGUACGAAGCACUCCAGAUAAUUUAUAAAGUAACAUAGGCCUCAUAUUUACACUAUAUAUUUGCUUUAUAAUUCCGAAGUAGUUAUUUGCUAAAUCUCCAAUGGUUGCAAUCAAACCCCACAAUGCUGAAAACAGAUUGAUUUUGAUGUUAAGAACAAAAGAAGUAUGGAAACUUCUAGGCUCAGACAUGUCCCCUGUGCCACAAGGCAAACUGCGUUCAGCCCACAGUCCAGGUCUCUUGCUGCAUGUCCUGCAGGGAGUGGCCAACUCUCCACCUCCUAGCACCAUUGUCAGAGGGUGGGACAAGGCACAUGAAAGCGUCCAGCUCCUGUCAAUUUAUUUACUUCCAAGGGAGAAUGCUUGGAAAGGUUGCGUUGGUUGAAACCACGGAGGAGCACCACCCUGGGGAUUGCAUAUUUUCACUCUGUUCUUAGUCCCAGGAGCGACAGGUAAUCGAGAAUGUUUGUGAACUCUAUCCAUAUCCCCUCCCCCACCUGCCAAAUAACCUGUUAAAAACAAAGAAGGCAUAGAAUAGAAAUGAAUUGCAAAAGUUA